AUGAAGUCGGCUCCCACUCUCUUGGCGCUCUUGGCGGCCGUUACCAACCUUGCCGCUGCCCAGACCGUCUCCGGUAAGGCUGAGGGCUUUGCCGCCGGUGUUACUGGCGGUGGUAGCGCCGCUGCCGUCGAGCCCAAGGACAUCGACGAGCUUAAGAAGUACCUCACCGACGACGAGCCCCGUGUCAUUACCCUCUCCAAGGAGUACGACUUCACCGAGUCUGAGGGCACCGAGUCCGGCAACGUCUGCGCCAGCUGGGGUACCGGCGCGUCCUGCCAGAGGAUCAUCCAGGACUCUUGCGACAGCGGCACCACUGCUUCCAAGGACACCUGGUACAAGGCCCCUACCCAGCCCAUCGAUGUCGGUAACAACAAGACCAUUCUCGGUGUUGGCAGCAAGGGUGCUAUCAAGGGCAAGGGUCUCCGCAUGAGAGGCAGCAACGUCAUCAUCCAGAACAUUGCCGUCACCGACCUGAACCCCAAGUACGUCUGGGGUGGUGAUGCCAUCGGCUUCGAUGGCGCCGACCUCGUCUGGGUUGACCACGUUACCACCGCCCGCCCCGGCCGCCAGCACUACGUCUUCGGCUUCAACCCCAGCAAGCGCGUCACCCUGUCCAACAACUUCAUCAACGGCGAGUCCGACUUCUCCACCGGCUGCGACGGCUACCACUACUGGACCUUCGAGAUGGUCGGCACCGACGACCAGAUCACCAUGAAGAACAACUACAUCUACAAGACGGCCGGCCGCAGCCCCGCCCUCAGCGGCGGCACCCUCCUCCACGCCGUCAACAACGUCUGGGAGGAGAACAACGGCCACGCCCUCGAGGGCGGCGACGCCAAGGCCCGCGGCCUCUUCGAGGGCAACGCCUGGAUCAACGUCAAGGCCCUCGUCUCCGACUACGCCGGCAAACUCUUCGCCGCCGACGCGAGCAGCGCAUCCCAGUGCCAGACCGCCCUCGGCCGCGCCUGCGAGGCCAACGUCUUCGAGUCCACCACCAACGACUUCCCCUCCAACGACAACACCGUCCUGAGCCUCUUCAAGAGCUACUCCGCCCCCACCGUCGAGGCCGCCAGCAAGAUCAAGACCAGCGUCCCCGCCAACGCCGGCGCCGGCAAGCUCAGCUCCUCGUCUGCCUCCAGCGGCUCCUCCACCGAGUCUACCGACACCGAGAAGGAGGCCGUUGUCGCCACUCCUGCUGCGUCUACUCCUGCCUCCUCUUCCGCUGCUCCCGCUGCCUCCAAGGCCGCCGACUCCGGCUCCAGCGCCGUUGCCCUCUACGGCCAGUGCGGUGGCCAGGGACACACCGGCGGCACCACUUGCGCCUCCGGCAAGUGCGAGGUCGUCAACGACUGGUACUCCCAGUGCGUCUAA